AUGGGCUGUCUGUGUGGGUUCAAGAAAACACCACCACUGCCAAAACUACCAUCCAAGACUCCUUCUUAUAAAAAGCUGGCAGCCAAAAAGAUCCAGGCCUGGUGGCGAGGCACCCUGGUGCGACGCACACUGUUGAAGGCUGCCCUCAGUGCUUGGAUCAUUCAGUGCUGGUGGAGAAAGAUACUGGCCAGAAAGCUGGAGAAGAGACGCACGGAGGCUCUGCACCAGAUGGUACAAAAAACAAGGGCCUGUGUCACUAUUCAGUCAUGGCUCCGAAUGCAGCAUGCCCGCCAGGUCUACCUCCAUUUGCUCAGUGCCAUCCGAAUCAUCCAGGUGUCGUGGCGCUGGUAUAACUGCCAUACCCGUGGCAUUUUUGAGGGCACUUAUGAGAUUACAGGACACAGACUAAAUCUUCAGCUUGACAUCUUUCUGGGAUCCCAGAUCUGUCGAAUAUCAGACUGCAUACCCUUGCCAAUAAAGAACUGA